CUUAUAGCAUGCACUUGACACCUCUGAGGCUCUGCUUGCUCCCCAACACGACAUGAACACCUUGAGCCUAUUUGUCUUGCUGGUCUCAAUAUUUCUUGUUACAAAAUUAUAUGACCGUGGAUGCCAAGCUCAGAGAGGUUUACCAUCUAAUGGAUUCUCCUCCGUAUUCUCUUCUUAUAUCAAUGGGAUACUCGACUGUGUGGAUGGCAGAGAUGCUAUUCGAAGAGCAUGCUCCAAGUACGGAAAUGAGCUGUUUACUUUCUGUCAGCUCGGGAACUGGGUUGUGCUUGUUCAUACUCCCCAUCACUUGCGUGACCUCUGCAAUGCAUCCGAGGACAUUCUCUCUAUGGAAGGAGCCGCAGCUGAGCUGUUACAGCUCGGGAACACUGUUGGUCCUGAAUUCGGCGAAACUUACCACAUCCCUGUUAUACGAACAUCUAUGAACCUCCAUAUGGCCCAACUACUUCCCUCCAUACUAAACGAAAUGGAGUGUUGCUUCAAGCGAUACGUUGAUACGCGCUUGGUUGGUGGUGAAUGGACUCCCUUCAAAGCGCUGGACACGCUGUCCCGUAUGAUGUGCCAGACGAGUAAUAGAGCUUUCGUCGGAUUGCCACUCUGUCGAAACGAGGAGUACAUCGACGUAACAUCUCGGUUCGCAUCUCAAGUACUUUUUGCUGGAUCCAUUAUGAAAAUGCUCGUUCCUCGGAUGCUACGGAAGCCAAUUGGAUUAAUAUAUAGAUCAAUUUAUCGCCAUCACCGUCGUAUCUUGAAGCUGGCAAAGCCCAUCAUUGAAGAGCGCAAGAAAGAGAGACAUUUUUCGAAGGAACAUCCGACCGAGGAUAUGAUCGGAUGGCUGUUGGAUGCGGCUUCCGACUCGGACGAAUUUGAACCGUCGGCGGAGUCUCUUGCUAUGCGCUUACUAAACGUCAAUUUUGUUGCGUUACACACCACAACGAAGAUCUUUGUCCAUGCACUCUACCACCUAGCCGCCAAUCCGCAAUACAUUCUGGAAUUACGCCAGGAAGCCGAGCAACUUCUCGAUAAGGACCAUCCUGAUCGAUGGUCGAAGGAGGCGCUAGGUCGCUGCGUCAAACUAGAUAGUUUCUUCAAGGAGACACUUCGAGUUAAUGUCAUUUCCGCUCUUACUCUUCCACGUUUGGCGGUAAAAGAUUUCCGGUUCUCGGAUGGCACACAGGUAUCGGCCGGGCAUUAUGUGGCUUGUGCAUCCGAGGCGGUUCAGAGGGACUCUAAAGUAUACCCAAGUCCAGAUGAGUUUCGACCGUUUCGGUUCGUUGUCCCGACGAGCGAAGAGGAGCAUUCAUUGCAGGGAUGGCCGAAUAGGAUGACGAGCACUUCGGAGACGUUUCCUGCGUUUGGAGGGGGCCGGCAUUUGUGUCCUGGUCGCUUCUUUGCUGCUAUGGUAAUGAAGAUGUUCAUGGCAUAUCUGGUGUUGAAUUACGAUGUCAAAAUGCCUCGUGAUGGUGUACGUCCCGCGGAUGAGUGGUUGGGACCGUUGUGCAGUCCUGCUACACGUGCGCAUGUACUUUUCCGCAAGAGGCAGGUACUUUAGAAGUUGGACAGUAAGCGUUUGGCAUCUGUUCACACUGCGGACUAAAGGGACGGCAAUCCUUCUGACGGAGCGGCAGAGUUUUUGUACCUGGUUUUGAAGUAGGUGAUACAUUACUACAUUAGGACCUUUUCUGAUGCGAAAUAACUCCCGUAUUUUCUGUGUUUUCUUGUUUUGUGCUUAUGGAAUAUGUUGUGGG